AUGAGUGGGUUGACUGAGAUGAGUUGGUUGACUGAGAUGAGUGGGUUGACUGAGAUGAGUGGGUUGACUGAGGUGAGUGGGUUGACUGAGAUGAGUGGGUUGACUGAGGUGAGUGGGUUGACUGAGAUGAGUGGGUUGACUGAGGUGAGUGGGUUGACUGAGAUGAGUGGGUUGACUGAGAUGAGUGGGUUGACUGAGAUGAGUGGGUUGACUGAGAUGAGUGGGUUGACUAAGAUGAGUGGGUUGACUGAGGUGAGUGGGUUGACUGAGAUGAGUGGGUUGACUGAGGUGAGUGGGUUGACUGAGAUGAGUGGGUUGACUGAGGUGAGUGGGUUGACUGAGAUGAGUGGGUUGACUGAGAUGAGUGGGUUGACUGAGAUGAGUGGGUUGACUGAGAUGAGUGGGUUGACUGAGAUGAGUGGGCUGACUGAGAUGAAUGGGUUGACUGAGAUGAAUGGGUUGACUGAGAUGAAUGGGUUGACUGAGAUGAAUGGGUUGACUGAGAUGAAUGGGUUGACUGAGAUGAAUGGGUUGACUGAGAUAUCCGUUUCUCUCUCUCCCUUUCUCCUCAUCUACGCUCUUUCAUCUCACUCCAAUCCCUUCCUUGUUCCGCCCUUCUCGUCCCCUCACCCGGUGUUCCCCCUACAUUCUCUAUCCUCCUCUCUUGAUUUCCUCUCUCUCCUCCCCCUUUCCCCACCCCCUUCUCUCUACCCCCACAAGGCCUUCCCCAGAGUGGGGGCGCGCUCCAGCUGCCUUGACUGCCCUGGGCGAGUGGGCUUUGAUCUCUGUGCUGCCUGUGGUAGGGCGCUUCAACCCCCACAUGGUGCAGUGCCUGUUGCACUGCACCGGAUAUGCGAAUCAGCGAGACUCUAA